AUGUGUGACGAAGGGGAAGAGUUCUGCCGGCUGUGCGCUGAGCCAACAACGAAAGAAACGCUUAUAUCGCCCGACGGAGACGUAGGAAUAAAUUCCAAAAUAAGCACCAAACUGGAAUGGAUAAAUGUUGAUAUUUCGACCAGAAAUACUCUUCCUAGAUGCAUUUGUUUCUCAUGUUUCGACCUUCUAGAACGUACUUGGUCGUUUUUACACAACGUGAGAGUAGCACAAGUGAAAUUAAACUCAAUAUUCUUGAAGAAAAAUGAUAGCGAAAAUUCAGAUGCCGAUGUUAAAAUCAUGCCAAAUGAUGAUGGAAAACCAAUUAAUAUUGAUUGGGAGGACUUUGAGAACAUGAAGACGGAGGUAAAACCUGAAAUUGUUAAUGAGGCGUUACAAAUUGUUACUGUAGAUCCAAAUUCUUUGAUAGAUUUAAAUGCUGUUAAAAUUGAACAAGCUAGUGAUGAUGAAGGGGCGCCAGCGUCUGAUGGGUUCAACUCUACGGACAGUGAUACACCCCUCUAUAUGGCAGCUAAGAAAAAGAAGCUUAAAAAGAAGAAAAAACUAAAGAAUGCUGAACUAGAAACGGAUCCUGUUGACCCAAAAGGUGCAAUACCAUUCCCAGCAAUAACUUGGGAUGAAUACAUGUGCCUGUGUGCUGAGUGUGAUGCACAAUGCAAAAACAUAAUGUCCCUUCGCUUACAUGCAUUACAAAUUCACACCCGAUGCUGUAUUUUCAAAUGUUCAGACUGCAGCAAGGGAGUAAACACAAACUCAGCGGAGGCAUCGCAGUUUCUCCGCGAGUAUGAUAGAGAAGCUUCUGGAAUGUGCUACAGAGUAACAAUGUCCCAGUGGAAGUUUGUUACAAACAUCACCGAGUACAAUCGCCGUCGAAUGUUGGAGGAACUGGCUUUGAGCUCCAAGUUUGAGAAGCUCUCAUGGAGGAAGGCAGCUGCCUUCGACUCUUCGAGGCUCUCAGACCCUGAGGGCAGACGGCAGCUGAUGAAGAUCGUGCUGUCUAGCAGAGCGGCGCUACCUGAUGAUAAGUUUUCUGAGCUCCAACAACUAAUAUCAGAAAUGAAAGAAGUCUACAACUCGGCCAAAAUAUGUCCUUACGGCCAGAAGCCUUAUGACCCUCAUAUACCUCGGAUCCCAUACAGCCAUGAGUAUCAAGACCAGGGGUAUCAGCUGUCCAACGAACCAUAUCAGCACUACCAACCAUAUACGGAAACUUCAGAAACGAAUUACUGCGAUAUGCAGUUGGAUCCAGAAAUUUCCAGAAUUCUUGCCCAUUCGAGAAUUGAAAGUGAACUGUUGUAUGUUUGGAAGAGUUUCAGAGAUCAGACUGGUCCGAAGUUGAGGAAUAGGUUCAUGAGAUACGUUCAGUUGGCUAACCAAGCUGCUGUGGCGACUGGAUACAGGGAUGCUGGAGAUCAAAUGCGAGCGGCUUAUGAAGACCCUUCAUUCAGAGCCAGUGUUGAAGAGAUGUACAACCAGAUACAGCCUCUUUAUAAGCAAUUGUUUACUUAUGUGAGGAGGAGGCUUGUCCAGAGGUACGGAGAAACCAGUGUAAGGUCUGACGGACCCAUACCAGCUCAUUUGUUGGGCAACAUGUGGGCACAGAAUUGGAAGUCGAUCAUGGACUUGGUGAUGCCUUUCCCUCAGUCUCCUAACGUGGAUGUCACGGCUGAGAUGUUGAGGCAAGGAUUCACACCGCUCAGAAUGUUCCAAAUGGCCGAAGAGUUCUACACUUCUAUGGGUCUGAAGCCAGUUCCGCCGGAGUUCUGGCGCGGCUCCAUGUUGGUGCGACCCCCACAGCGCAGCGUGCAGUGCACUGCCAGCGCCUGGGAUCUCUGCAACAGGAUAGACUACAGAAUUAAACAAUGCACGGAGGUCACAAUGCAGGACCUGGUCUCCACGCAUCAUGAAAUGGCUCACAUCCAAUACUAUCUACAGUACUCCGACCAGCCUCAACUCUUUAGGGAUGGAGCUAAUCCGGCGUUCCACGAAGCUGUAGCUAAUGCCGCGACUCUGUCUGUGUACAACCUACCUCAUCUGCAGCGAGUGGGGCUUUACCAGAAUAAGAGCCACGACUCCUAUGAGGUCGGUAUGAACUUCCUCAUGACGAUGGCGCUGGAGAAGGUCGCUUACUUACCCUUCGCAUUUAUGGUGGACCAGUGGCGCUGGUCUAUAUUUGAAGAUGGAGUUCAGAACAUGAAUUCAAGAUGGUGGCAAAUGAAACUUCGAUAUCAGGGUGUAAUCCCCCCAAUACCACGCCAUGAGAGUGACUUCGACCCUGGCUCCAAGUACCAUGUUAUUUCUGAUCAGGAAUAUAUAAAAUACUUCCUAGCCACAAUAUUGGAGUUUCAAGUUUUUGAGCAACUGUGCUCUGUAUCGGGUCACACGGGACAUCUGUACGAGUGUGAUAUUUACCGGAGCAGGGAUGCUGGCAGAGUGCUCAGGUGGACGCCAAGGUCUAAUCCAUUCGAUCUGAAAAUCAAAGAGAAGCCAAUAUUCAGCAAUGGACUUGUUGUAACUGAUAUUGAUGAUAAUGAUGAUGAUGAUUUAGAAGAUAAAUUGUCGUUAAUAUUAUUGGAAUACUCUGACUUUGACUGCACGGUUGGUGCGGUGCAACGUGUAGCGGGUUCGAUUCCCGCACGACACAACUCUUUCGAAAUCAUGCAAGUUGGUGCUUCAAAACCGGCAUCGGAAGUCAUCAAAUCCAUGACCAGGGGAAAAACUAAUAAAAUAUCUCCCGAAGCUCUCGUCAAGCAAACUCCGAAGCUCCGGCGCUCCGAGGUUGGACUGGUCAAUCCUCAGGCCGAGGCCGCGGUGCCGCAUUGUGACUACCCCGCAACCCCAGCUGAACAUCAGCCCUAUUGGGCCCCGUCUGUGGUGGUCUAUUGGCUCCUUGAGGCGCGCGCGGAACGCUACGCGCUGUUCGCUCGGGUCUGGUUCUGGUUGGGCGGCGAGCUACCCUUACUCGCCGUCCGCAGACCCGCAGACAGCGAGACAGCACCAGAGAACUUGCAAAUGCAGUACCGCAUUAUACCGCGGCGCGUAGCGUUCCGCGCGCGCCUCAAAGAGCCAUUCGACCACCACAGACGGGGCCCUAAAGGGCUGAUGUUCAGCCGGGGUUGUGGGGUAAGCGCAAUGAGGUACCGCGACCUCGGCACAGAGCAGGAGAAGGAACAGGGGGAGGGAAAAAGUAUGAAAAAGAUGGGUAUGGCGAUGAUUCCCCUGGUGUUCCACGUGGGAGCCACAUCGACUUGGAUGAUGCUGACCGGCAUCAUGGCUGCCAAGUCUGUGGCCAUCGGUCUAGCUCUACUGGUGUUCAAGAUCGCUGUCAGCUCUGCAAAGGUUGCAUCAUUUUUCACGGCACUCAAAGCGAAGCACAGCCACCAUGAAUACUCCUGGUCACCGCCAAUAGAACAUCAUGGUUCUUACUACCCAGGAGAUUGGAAUGCCUAUUCGCCUGAAGUUAGCAACGCAUCGCCUCCAUACAAGACCAUACCUACUUAUAAGAGCCACGAACCCUAUGAAGUUGCAGAGUAUAGCGAGGAACCUAAGCCACAUAGUUAA